AUGGAAGUUGUCAAGUUGAGGUUGUUUGACUAUCAAUCCAUUGCAGAGAGUUCCUCAGGGGACCCCCUAAAUGACUUUGAGGAAGAGUCCGAAAGUCUACAUCAAGUAUGUCUUUUUCCACAUAUAUUCAAUCUUGCCACAAGAGCGCGCAUCACAUCCAAUGCAACUUGCGGUGAAUCAGGGCCGGAGACGUAUUGUCACCUCGUAGAGCAUGUACCCAUGGGGGGGAUGCAGAUGGAGCCAUCCCACGCCCAGUGCCAGGUGUGUAACCUGUACAGCCAGGACGAGUUGGAGAGACGCUGGAUCUAUAACGCUAUUGAUGGAACCAACUCAUGGUGGCAGAGUCCAACACUUGCUAAUGGGAAACACUACCAUUGGGUGACCAUCACAGUUGAUCUACAACAGGUGUUCCACAUAGCGUACAUCAUCAUCAAAGCGGCCAACUCCCCACGACCAGGGAACUGGAUCCUGGAACGCUCUAUCGACGGCGUCAACUACGAACCGUGGCAGUACUACGCUUACUCAGACUUGGAAUGCCUACGAGCGUACGGGAUUGCCCCGGCUGUUGGGAUGCAUCGUUUCGUGAGGGAUGAUGAAGUGAUAUGUACGUCGUAUUACUCACAGCUCGAACCAUUAAGCAAUGGGGAAAUUCAUACAUCUAUUGUUAUGGGCCGGCCGAGUUUAAAGAAACCAAGUGAGACACUCAUGAAAUUUAUGUCCGCAAGAUUUGUGAGGCUACGUUUCCAGCGGAUACGAACGUUGCUCGGAGGUUUGAUGGCCAAUGGAAAGAACGGAUUCAUUGAUGAAAAUGUAUACAAUCGGUAUUUCUAUUCAGUGAAGGACAUCUCAAUCGGAGGGCAGUGUAUAUGCUAUGGUCAUUCUAGAACCUGUGUGCAAGACCCAGACGCUAGACCAGAUCAACCGGUGUUGAAGUGUGUUUGCGAGCACAACACCUGUGGGGAGAGCUGCGACAAGUGUUGCCCAGGGUUUAUCCAGAAGCCGUGGCAACCUGGUAGCAGGGAAGAAGGAAAUGAGUGUGAACCCUGCAAUUGCCACGGACACUCUGACACUUGUUACUAUGAUGAGAGCGUUGCUAUGGCCCAUCAGAGUCUCGAUAUCCAUGGAAACUAUGAAGGAGGAGGCGUGUGUGUGAACUGUAGAGACAACACCGAUGGUGUCAACUGUGAAAUGUGUCUUGAUGGCACGUACAGACCUCUGGGAAUUGAGCCCAAUGAUCCGCAACCAUGUGUUUCUUGUGACUGCAGCACCAUCGGCACCAGACGAGACCCAAGUCAGAGACUUCUUGUGUGCGCCAAGGAUGAGAGUAAGAUGUACGAGGGCUUGAAUCCAGGUGACUGUUUCUGCAAGACUGGCUACGCAGGUCAGCGUUGUGACCAGUGCGCCAGGGGUUAUUUCGGCUAUCCAACAUGUCAGCCCUGCCAGUGUAAUCUGGCCGGUAGCCUUGACCCAGAUGCGUGCGAGGGUCCUUGUGUUUGUAAAGAGAAUGUGAUAGGACCAAGUUGCGACCGUUGUCAAGCGGGAUAUUUUAACCUGAACGAGGACAAUGAAAGUGGAUGCAGUCAAUGUUUCUGUUUUGGGAUUACAACAAUCUGUGAGAGUGUACCUUGGGGAAUCGUAAAAAUUAAAGACAUGAGUGGUUGGUUUGUAACAAACAAAGAGAAUUCAGCUUACAUCCAUCCUCACAUUGCUGGACCUAACAUGAUUGCCAUCAAUCACCAAGACGCUAAGCAGCAACUCAAGGCUAAGAACUACUACUGGAUGGCACCUCAGGCCUUCCUUGGGAAUAAGCUGACAUCAUAUGGUGGUCGGCUGCAAUUCACUGUUUCGUAUACAGAUGAGCCUGGACUCCUAGCUGAUCCAACGACAGAUAUUGAUAUUAUUAUGGAGGGAAACGGCAUCACCAUCUACAAGAACUCCCUGGUAGUCAUGCCGGAUACCAAGGAGACCGUUAUCAUUACAAUGACUGAAAAGGAUUGGCACCGGCUGACCUCUAGCACUGACCUUGAGGACGGGUCAAGAGGGCGAGUAGCGACCCAAGAUGACUUUAUGUCCGUUCUGAGCGAGAUGAGUAAGAUGAUGAUUCGAGCCGUGUACAGUUCUCGUCUCGUUGAAUCAAGAUUGAGUGACGUGUCUCUAGAAAUCGCAUCUGAGGCAGCUACGGAUCCGGGUGUCUUCACCAGCAUUGAACGAUGUCAGUGCCCAGCAUCCUAUGAAGGACUCUCAUGUGAGACCUGUGUUGUUGGACACCGUCGUGUAAACAGCGUACUCUUGAACGGUGCAUGUGAGCCUUGCCAAUGCAACAACCACGCUACAGAGUGCAGCGAUUUCAACGGAGAAUGUUUUGAUUGUCAGCACAAUACGACGGGACCCCACUGUGAGUUCUGCGCCGCUGGAUUCUAUGGUUUCCCACUCCAGGGAACGUCAACUGACUGUCGGCAAUGUGCAUGUCCGCUCCUCAAUCCAAAAAAUAAUUUCAGCCCUAGCUGUGUGUUUGAUAUCAACUUUGGCUAUGUAUGCGAGGAUUGCCCAGUUGCAUUCACAGGCCCAAGAUGUGAGCGAUGUGCUGACGGUCACUAUGGUAACCCUCUGGAAGUGGGAGGAGUUUGUCAACCUUGUGCAUCUUACUGUAACAAUAACAUCAAUCCGGACAUCCCUGGUAGCUGUAACACGUUUACCGGUGAAUGCUUGAUAUGUAUUGACGAUACGACGGGAUUCCGCUGCGAAUAUUGCCGAGAUGGCUUCUUUGGGGAUGCUGUGGUGGCGAAGAACUGUCAAGCUUGCUACUGUGAUAGUUUAGGAGCAUUCACUUCAUACUGCGACCGUGAAACUGGACAAUGUGACUGCAAGGCCAACGUAAUUGGAAUUCCGUGUGAUCAGUGUGCUCGAGGUUACUGGAAUCUGGAGUCCACACUGGGCUGCCAGACAUGUGACUGCAAUCCCGUCGGCUCAUUGGAUAAGUAUUGUGAUGUCAUCAGCGGACAGUGUCGAUGUAAGCCGGGCGUAACGGGAAUGCGAUGCAGCGAGUGUGAGUUUGGUUUCUGGAACUUCAGUCAGACAGGAUGCCAGGCUUGUGAGUGUCAAUUGGGCAGUAAAUGGUGUAACUCCAUUACUGGUCAGUGCACCUGCCCACCUAAUACUGUAGGUCAGCAGUGCGAGAGGUGUGAUCAAGACCACUGGGGUUAUGAUAUAUACACAGGAUGCAAGCCGUGUAACUGUAGUACAGCAGGUUCAUCAGCAUCUCAAUGUGAUCCGACUAAUGGUCAAUGCAGCUGCAUGAAGAAGUUUGUCGGACAGAAGUGUGACGAGUGUCCGUUUGGCUAUCGCGAUUACCCGCGCUGUAAACGCUGUAAAUGUGAUGGGAUAGGACGGGACCCUGCAUCCUGCCAGAAUGGAAUGUGUUCCUGCGCUGAUGAUGGCCAAUGUGUCUGCAAGGCCAAUGUGAGGGGGAGGAAAUGUGACAAGUGUCAAGCCAACAGUUUUAGUCUGCAGCCGGCGUUAUCUGAAGGCUGCACUAGCUGCUUCUGCUUUGGAAUCACUGAUGACUGCCGACAAACUAACUACGUCAGGAAACAGCUACGGAUGUCUUCUCGAACCAAUGACUUUUCCGUCAGCGAUGUAUUUCACAGUGUUCCUACACAACGAGGAGUGACGUUCACCACGGAGCGUGUUGAUCUCAACGCUACAGAAGCUUUUAUUACUCUCAACGUACAGGAACUAUAUUGGAAUCUACCCAUUGCUUUCAUUGGGAACAAGGUGUCUUCAUAUGGAGGGUUUCUUAACUUCACCGUUGCAUACCGAUUAAGACCGCCGACUGUUACCCCGUUAGAAUCAACCAUAGACAUCAAGAUUCUUGGGACUCGUUACUCAAUCAUCAUGGACAUCCCUGAACCUCCUCAAGACGAUCAUCAAGCAAGGAGUUUCAAACUUCUAGAGCACAAUUUCCGACUCCAGCCAUCUGGAAGACAACCGACUAGAGAGGAGUUUAUGAUGGUCCUUCAAGACAUCAAAGCUUUUCUCAUAAGAGCCACUUAUGGACCAGACACUGUCUCCGCUCUAAUUGAUGAUGUAGUGUUGGAAACUGCUGGUCCAUCAAGGGGUGACAUCAGUGGUGAGCAAGCGAUAGGAGUAGAACAGUGCGAUUGUCCAACUGGGUACACAGGGCUGUCAUGUGAGCGUUGUGAUGCAGGUUACUUUAGGCUGGCUGAAGGGGAGUUUCUGGGUAGAUGUCGUCCCUGUGUCUGCUUUGGCCAUUCAGACACAUGUGAUGACAAAACUGGGCAGUGUGAGGACUGCCAGCACAACACAACAGGGCAACAGUGUAAUCUUUGUGAGGAUGGUUUCUAUGGCGAUGGGACAGCAGGCACGUCUACAGACUGCACUCAGUGUGCCUGCCCGUCACUAGACGCCGAUAAUAAUUUCAGUUCAACCUGUGUUUUAGACUCAGUGGACGGCAGACACACUUGCACUGACUGUCAGCCAGGCUACGUCGGCAGAUAUUGUCAAAGUUGCGAUGAUGGUUACUACGGCAACCCGAACACCCCCGGCGGUACCUGCCAGUCAUGUGACUGUAACGUCUUUGGCUCAGUGUCCACAAUCUGCGACAAGGGGACCGGGCUGUGUUUGUGUACGGAGGGAGUUACCGGUGAAAACUGCGACCAGUGCGAUGAAGGAUCGGGAUAUGUUGUCACGGAAACAGGAUGCUCAUCUUGUUAUAACAACUGCACCGGUCUUUUGCUUACGGACCUUGAUGAUUUGGAUGAACUUAUGCUGGCUAUUAACGUCUCCAAGAUCCUCGUUGCACCAUGGGGAAGACUUCAAGAGAUUGAAAAUGCUACAAAGCGUUUCAAGGAGAAAGUCUUGCGCUACCAAGAAACCCUGAAUGCCACAGAGAAAAGUCUUCUCAGGCAUCUUGACAUCAGCGCCCUACAGGAGGAGGCGGAUAAGCUUGAAACCAAAAGCAAUAAGAGUGUUGAUGUUGCACACAUACUGAACAUGGAGACAAUGAAAACCGCUGGACGAGCGUUGGAAAUUGAAGCUAAUUUCACUGCAAUAUCUCAGCACAUACAAGAAAUUGUGCGUGAAAUACACAGCACUCAGGAGGAGCUUGGUAUGGAGCUAUCCCUGGACGAGUCGGCCUUACUCUUGGUCAAAGCACAUCAGAUCCUCAUGGAAAUACGAGACAGAGAUUUUGAGGCGGCUCAAGUCUCAGCUGAACAAGAAGUCUUAGAAGCCAAUAAGACUCUGUUCAAAGCGAUGCAUCUCUUGGAUGACUUCAUCGAUCUCCAAUCACUGAUCGACCACACCUACUCAGACAUCUCAAACUUUACCAAGAAAUUGGACUUUCUGAUUGCCGAGAGCCGGAUUGCCAACAGAAAAUCAGAUAAUGCCAGCGAUAUCAACAGAUUAAGUGAUGUACUGAUGAUGUUGAUUAAGAACGCUACUACUGAAAUGUCUAUUCUUGAUGAUUUGAGUGGAGCAGCCAUCACUACAGGAAGGGAAACCAUUCUGGCAGCGUGGGACUUACUUGCUCGAGCUAACUAUUCAGGAGUUAUAUUGAUGGAGGAGUUAGCAGGGCUGUACAACCUGACCUCAGAUCUUAACUUUCAAGUGGGAGUCAUCGAGCAAAACUCAUUCGGCUUAGAAGACAAAGUAGCCGAAGCCGUAGCUCAUGCAGAAAUGCUAAGGGAACUGGCUCUCCGCUUGACAGAAUUGUUCCAACCGACCAAAGACUACGCUGAAGAUUCCAUACGAGCAGUCAAUGCAUAUGGCGAGAUUGUUAAAGCCAUUGAUAAAGCAGAAAUUGCCGCUGGACAAGCCAUGAUGGCCGCAAACAACGCAAGCUACCAAGUGACCCAUCCAAACCCUCUUGACAUCGUCGCUCUGCUGUCCAAGGAGAGAAGUCUCUCCCUGGAUAGCAGCGGCUUGGCCUCCAAGGUGAAAGACUUGGAACACAAGCUCCAGAAUGCAAGGGAUGAUGUUACCAUGGUGACCAGGAGGAUUGGGGAUGCGGAGCAACGAUUGGAUGCCAUCAAAAAUGCCUUACCGGCCCUAGAAAGAGAUCUGACCGCACCAGCUCAGCAAGUCAUGGACACUGCAAUGUCUGCCCUGCAGAAGUUUGAGAGUGUUAGCGAUUCGGUGGACACAGUUAUGAACAAGAUUCCUGAAAUGGAGAAGACAGUUGACAGAGCAAAAGGAGAUGUGAUGCGAGCGGAAGAAUCUCUCGCCAUCGUUGAGUAUGCAACAAGCUACUCCCGGGAGAACCAGAACACGAUCCGAAACCUCUCCCUCACGCUGAAUAAUAAGGCACAACUAAUAAAGAAGAAAGAGGGUACGAUGGCCGCAGAUCUGAGCAUGAUCAGAGAGAAGAUUCGACAAGCUCGCAACCAGGCAUCAAAGAUUAAAGUCUCAAUUGGUUCCAGUGGAGACUGCGCUCGAUCCUACCGACCCAAAGUGAGUCCGUCGACGUACAACUCCCUUAUCAUCAACGCCAACUUCGACGAUCUCACGAAUCUCUUGUUUUAUAUCAAAAGCAACAGAAGUGAGGAGUUCAUGCUACUAGAGACUAUAAAUGGCUUCUUGUAUUACCGAUGGAACGUCGGAACAGAUACAGGCUCCAUCAAGUCAAACACUACCAUUCAGCUUAACAAAUGGUACAAGAUUGAAGCGCAGAGAAUUGGUCGCGAUGGAGUUCUCAAGAUGCAAAAGAUGAUAUCUAAAGAAGAUGAUCCCGAUGCACAAGAACUGACCGAGCCCCCUGUGGUCCAAACAGGGUCGUCAUCAGAGGGGGCCAACGUCUUAGACAUUGACAGCUCCAGUCUCAUGUUCAUAGGAGGUGUGCCCCUCCAAUUCGCUGAUCUGGUACAUGGUGUUGAGAGUAAGGACUUUAGGGGCUGUAUUGGUGAGGUCAUACUGGAUGAUAUUCCAGUUGGACUCUGGAACUUUGAAACCAUCGAGGGCACCUGUCAAGGAUGCAGUAACAGUCCAAGUACCCUUGAAACAGAGGAGGGUGUCUUCAACUAUGACGGCACAGGCUACUCAGCAUUCCGCAGACCUCGAUCCUGGGUGGAUGGCUCCUUCAUUUUGGUCUUCUACAUGAAGACACAUGCAGAAGAAGCUAUUGUCUUCUUCAUGGCAUCACCAGAUCAGAGAGACUUCAUGGCUAUUGAACUUCUUGAUGGAUUCAUCAAGGUCUCUCAUGAUCUCGGAAGUGGAAUUGGGACAGUGUCGUCUCUCGAGAGAGUCAACACCAAUACCUGGUUGCAAGUUGGAGUUAGAAGAACUAAACAAAAGAGUCAUCUUUUGAUUAACGGUGCCAGACAAGGCUUCGGGUUGUCGCCAGGGUCGCUAGAAGGGCUGACCAUCGGGGAGUCUCAACAUCUAUAUGUCGCAGGAAUUCCAAGCUCCUAUAAAAUCAAACGUGACGUGACCAAUCAGCCUUUCUACGGUUGCAUCAAGUCAUUUUUUCUCUACGGAAACCCUCAAAAUCUUCUCUUACCUGGCCUCUCAACAGGCGUAGAAGACGGAUGCAUCGAACGGACAGUACGAAGCCUCGGUCUCCUAGAAGACGGCCAGGUGAAGCUACGCCGAGUUGCUCUCGGAAGGGUGGUUGACGUCUCUAUUACCUUCACCACUAAACAAGCCAAUGGAAUCCUCUUGGCUGCAGGGGAGUCAGAAGCAGGGCGGGGCAAGAGGGAGGUGGACCUCGAUCAAACAGAAGUGUCUUACGCCAUAGCUGUGGUGGAUGGUAAGAUCAGAGCUCAGAUCAAUGCUGGGCAGGGUCUACUUAUUCUUACAACCCGCUCUUCUUCUGGACCAUUCAAUGAUGGCAGACCGCAUGUUGUGCUACUCCAGAAGGAGGAUCUCAGUAUUCGAUUAGUUGUUGAUGAUAUUCUUGCCCGGACAAGUAAACUACCGGGGAGCCAAAAUCUGAUACCCGUGACCUCGCCUCUCUACAUCGGUAGUUUUCCCUCUGCGGUGAGGCUAGGCGAGGGCCUUCAGAACAUCCCUUCAUUCGUUGGCUGUGUCAAGGAUCUUGUCAUCAUGGGAAAACUUGUUGGGUUCCAGUCAGCCAGUUCUUUUAGCAACGCGACCAUUGGGAAAUGCGGCUCUUUACCUUCACUCCUACCGUCUACAAUUGUACUAGAAUCCACUACACCACCUCCCACCCUGCAUGGCACUUUCACACCCACAGACACCCCUGUCUCUUCCUCUUCUUCCUCUCCUCCCAGCAUGACUGAUCCAACCACAAACAGAGAGGGUAAUGAUAAUUCUACAACACAACGAAGCACCAUCCAGACUCCUGUGGAAUGCGCUGUGGCCAAGAAGCCAUCCGUCAUCUCUAACGCAGUCCGCUUCGGCCUGUCAACGGACAGUCACAUCCAGCUAGCUAUUGACCCAUUGGAGUUUGGCAAAGUAUUUAUAAUAAGCAUCGAGCUGAGGACCACGUCCCCCAACAGUUUGAUCUUCUUCCUGGGGUCGGAUGACAAUCCCGAGGUCUACUGCUCUGUCCAUCUUAAGAUGGGCUACGUCUUCUUUGCGUUCAGCAAUGGCGAGAAGAGUGGGACGAAACAUGUACUGUCACACAAUGUCAUUGAUGAUGGACAGUGGCAUGUGAUUAAAGUUUUGAAGAACCGUCGCACCAUCUCCUUGACCCUUGAUACCUUUGAGUCCCAGAGAGAACGUUUUUCUAAGAGAAUCAAUGCUGUUAAGUUUGACUCUCCUCUCUACGUUGGGGGUGGGCCAUCCAGCUUACCAAAGACAAUUAAUGGAAUGGAAAUGCAAAGUUUGGAAGGCUGCAUCCGUGAGAUCACCAUCAAUGAGAAUGCGUUAGAUCUAACUAGACCCCAGGUCAGCAGUCUGGUCACCCCGUGCUAUAUGAGCACAGAACCGGGAGCAUACUUCCACGGUGCUGGAUACGCGUUACUAGAUGGACACUUACAGAUAGACGUUGACUUUGUGGUGAGUUUUAGUUUCCGGACGACUCAAGACUCAGCAAUUCUUCUCUCAAUUGACGACAACAUGGGAGGGGGUCUCUCCUUGGAGAUUAUAAACAAAGAGAUUAUCCUUAAAAUGGCGACUAAUCGAACUGGACCUCGAAUGGUUACCUUCUCUGGUGAUGAGACACUCUCCUUGUGCGAUAAUCAUUUCCAUACGCUGCACGCCGUCAACCGAGGGAGUAAUCUUGAGCUACUCGUAGACGAUGAUAACUUCAUCUUUAACGGAGUUGAAGGGACUGGCUCUAACACAGCGGGUGCAAUAUCAAUUGGAGGAUUCCCAGAUGAGCAAUGGAGACAUAUUGGAGACAUCCAAACUCACUUCGCUGGCUGUAUUCAGAACUUGAGGUUCAAUCAAGGAAGACCCUAUACCUUCACUUCAGCGGUGGAGUUGGUUGAUGUGAUUCAAGACCAGUGCCCCGUGACCUAAGGUUUGACUAUAUAAAGGGCUGAAUUGAGUGUCUUACUUUGGCUGUGUCUACCGGCUACUUUGACAGUGUUGUAGUAUGUGGGAAGCUGCAGUGUUAGCUUUAGCCAGGUAGCCUUAAGCCCGGUUCAUACUUCAUGCGAAUGCGAAGCAAAUUUUUGGCGUCACAGGGCUGUUUUCGCAGCGAAUG